UCGGCAACAGAAACCGCCCCCCUCUCGCUGCUGCGGCUGUGACCAUUAAGUAUAUUCAUACCUCCGGUCUAUCAUGUUCUUUUCCUGACUGGCUUUUUCUUGCUUUCUUUUCAAGUCCAUUAGGUGUCUUUCGUUCGUUCUUUUUCUUGACCACACUACCUAAUCAUGUCUUCAUCUCCUUCGCCCUCUCUUCGCAAGAGGGGCGGCAAGAAGGAGAGUACUCCCGUGCCUGCGGAUAAUUUCUCUUCUCCUUUGUCCAAAGCGAGUGCUCCUCGUUCGGAAUGGGAUUACUGGCUGGCCAUUUCCAUUCUGACCGUGCUUGCAUUCGUCACCCGUUUCUACAAGAUUUCCUACCCCAACGAGGUCGUCUUUGAUGAGGUGCACUUUGGAAAGUUUGCCUCGUACUACCUCCAGCGCACGUACUUCUUCGAUGUCCACCCUCCAUUCGGCAAGCUCCUUUUCGCCUUCAUGGGCUGGCUGGUCGGCUAUGAUGGCCACUUCCUCUUCGAUAACAUUGGUGAUUCCUACAUUGAACACCAGGUCCCCUACGUGGCUCUUCGGGCUAUGCCGGCCACGCUCGGUGCCCUGACGGUUCCCGUCGUGUUCCUGAUCAUGUGGGAAUCCGGAUACUCGCUGCCCGCUUGUGUUUUGUCCGCUGGUCUUGUCCUGUUCGACAAUGCCCAUAUCGGAGAGGACCGUCUGAUCCUUCUGGAUGCCUCGUUGGUCCUGACCAUGGCCCUGAGCAUCCUAUGCUAUAUCCGCUUCUACAAGCUGCGUCACGAGGCAUUUGGACGGAAAUGGUGGAAGUGGCUGCUCCUGACCGGUGUGUCACUCAGCUGUGUCAUCUCCACCAAGUACGUCGGUGUCUUUACUUUUGUCACCAUCGGUUCGGCCGUCAUGGUUGAUCUGUGGAAUCUCUUGGAUAUCCGGCGCCGUGGCGGUGCUCUCACCAUGUUCCAGUGGGGUCAGCACUUCGUUGCUCGUGCCUUUGCCCUGAUCAUUGUGCCCUUCUUUUUCUAUCUGUUCUGGUUCCAAGUCCACUUUGCCAUCCUCACCCGCUCCGGUCCCGGCGAUGAUUUCAUGACCCCCGAGUUCCAGGAAACUCUCAGCGAUAAUGUUCUGAGCGCGCAGUCUAUCGGUAUUGAGUACUACGACACCAUUACCAUGAAGCACAAGGAUACCAAGGUCUACCUCCACAGUCAUCUGGAGAGGUAUCCCCUUCGGUACGAUGAUGGACGUAUCUCCAGUCAGGGCCAGCAGGUCACCGGAUACCCUUACAACGACACGAACAACCAAUGGCAGAUCAUCCCCACGGUGCCUUUGGAUGUGACUGAUACCAGCGGACACAAGGUGCGCAACGGUGAUGUUGUUCAGCUCCGCCAUAUGGGCACAGACACCAUUCUGCUCACCCACGAUGUUGCAUCUCCCUACUACCCGACCAACCAGGAGUUCACCACUGUUUCCCAUGAGGUUGCCAACGGUGACCGUCACAAUGACACACUGUUCGAGAUUAAGAUCGAGAACGGCAAGCCCCAUCAGGAAUUCCGCACUUUGUCCAGCCACUUCAAGCUGAUCCAUAUGCCCACCCGUGUGGCCAUGUGGACUCACACCACGCCGCUGCCCGACUGGGCCUUCAAGCAAGCCGAGAUCAACGGCAACAAGAAUAUCCUCCAGACCAGCAACUUGUGGUUCGUUGAAUCGAUUGAGUCCUUGGAAGAGGACAGUCCCCGUCUGGUCAAGGAAGAGCGCCAGGUCAAGCACCUGCCCUUUUUCCGCAAGUACCUUGAACUGCAGCGCGCCAUGUUCUUCCACAACAAUGCCCUGACCAGCAGCCACCCGUACGCGAGUGAGCCCUUCCAGUGGCCUUUCCUGCUCCGCGGUGUCAGCUUCUGGACCAAGAACGACACCCGGGAGCAGAUCUAUUUCCUUGGUAACCCGGUCGGAUGGUGGAUCGCUAGUAGUCUGUUGGCGGUGUUUGCCGGUGUCAUCGGUGCUGACCAGCUGUCUCUGCGUCGCGGUGUCGAUGCCGUGGAAGAGAUCUGGGGCCAAGGCUCCCGUUCCCGCCUGUACAACAGCAUGGGAUUCUUGUUCCUGUGCUGGGCUGCCCACUACUUCCCCUUCUGGCUGAUGGGCCGUCAGCGUUUCUUGCACCACUACCUCCCCGCUCAUCUUGCUUCGGCUCUUGUGGCUGGUGCCUUGAUCGAGUUCAUUUUCAACCUGGAGCCGCUCUCGGUCAUUCAGCGCGUCCGGUCCGAAGACGACCCCUCGGGCAAGGCCAAGGCGUCAGCUUCGGUUGGACGCUUCGUUACGGCCAAGGAACGUAUGGGCACCAAGUCCCUUCUUGCGGGCUGGAUCGCGACCCUGGUCAUCCUGGCCGGUACGAUCUACGGAUUCGUCUUCUAUGCCCCGUUGACGUACGGCACCCCGGGUCUGGAUGUGCCGGGCAUCCUUGCCCGCAAGUGGCUGGGCUACGACCUGCACUUUGCCAAAUAGAUGAAUGGCGGUUGAGUUAAGCCUGCAGUUGGCAGGAGAGAGAUGUAUGUCGGCUUGGUCAAAUCCGGACUGGCCGGAGUAGGCGUUCUGUAAGAUAUAAUAGGUGUCUUGGGGUCAGAUUCUUCUCACGUUCAUCCAAAACACCCAACGGGUGCGUUCUGAGAACCGCCCCUUUCGCCUGACUGGAUGAUUUUGCUCGAUUUCUGGGUUCUCCCUGUUGAUAUAGCGAAUGUUAUGCAUUAUACUCCUAAAGUUUGCUACCCACUUUCGUAGGACCAGCAUUUGACGAACAAUAUCUGUCUACCAUAA